AUGGGGCUAAGAAUUGCCAGCGUUUUUGCACUGUGGCUGGCUCUUUCCUGUGCGAACGAAAUUAAGAAAGAAAGCAGAAGCCAAAACCAUGGCCACUAUGUCUGCAGUACCUGGGGGAACAAUCAUUUCAAAACUUUUGAUGGCGACUUCUACCAGUUCCCUGGACUCUGUGAUUACAACUUUGCUUCUGACUGCCGAGAGUCUUACCAGGAGUUCUCAGUCCACGUCCAGCGUGCUGUGAAUGAAAAUCGACACCCUGACAUCCAAUAUGUCCUGAUAACCAUAAAGGAUGUUGUAAUCUACCUCACCCAAAAUGCGGUUGUCGUGAAUGAGCAAAUUGUAACAACACCAUACUAUAGCUCCGGUUUGCUGAUUGAGAACAGUGAAAUCUACACUAAAGUCUAUGCAAGAGCGGGCCUGGUUCUAAUGUGGAACCGUGAAGAUUCACUGAUGUUGGAGCUGGAUGCCAAGUUUAACAACCAUACAUGUGGUCUUUGUGGGGAUUACAAUGGACAGCAGCUCUACAAUGAAUUUAUCUCUAACGACAUGACCUUCAAUCCGAUCACAUUUGGAAAUAUGCAAAAGAUUAACAAACCCAACACAGUAUGUGAGGACCCUGAUGAAACACAGACUGUCACAACCUGUAAUCAGCAUCGUGAUGAGUGUCUGAGUCUGCUGACUUCUUCAGUAUUCGCUGACUGUGAGUCCCGUCUGAACCUGGAGAUGUAUGUUCAAGCCUGUAUGCAGGAUAAGUGUGCCUGCCAGGGAGCUGAGGAUUCCUUCUGCCUUUGCAGCACCAUCUCUGAGUACUCUCGCCAAUGCUCCCAUGCUGGUGGCCGGCCUGGAAACUGGAGGACAGAAGAGUUUUGCCCUAAGACGUGCCCUGGAAACAUGAUCUACCAGGAAAGCAGCUCACCAUGCAUAAGCACUUGUUCCCAUUUGGAGAUCAGCAGCCUUUGUGAGGAACACUUCAUGGAUGGCUGCUUCUGCCCUGAAGGAACGGUGUAUGAUGACAUCAAUGGGAAAGGCUGUGUGUCUGUUAACCAAUGUCACUGCAAACAGCAUGGAUCCCUGUAUUCACCUGGGCAAACUAUCACCAAUGAAUGUGAAGAAUGCACCUGUGAUUCAGGCAGGUGGGUGUGCAAGCACUUAUCCUGUCCAGCCUCAUGCUUAGUGGAAGGAGGUGCUCACAUCACCACCUUUGAUGGGAAGAAAUACACCUUCCAUGGAGACUGCUACUAUGUGCUGUCCAAGGAAAGUAUAAAUGACACUCACGCCCUCCUGGCAGAGCUGUCUCCCUGUGGCUCCACGGACAAACAGACCUGUUUGAAGACUGUUGUGCUGUUAAUAGACCACAAGAAAAAUAUCUUGGUUUUCAGAUCAGAUGGCACUGUGCUGCUGAAUGAACUGGAAGUGCACUUGCCUCAUGUGACAGCAAGCUUCUCAAUUUUCCAGCCAACUUCAUACCAUCUCAUUGUGCAUACCUAUUUUGGUCUCAAGCUACAAAUCCAAUUGGUUCCAAUCAUGCAGCUGUUUGUGAUUGUGGAUCAAUCUGCCCAAGGAAAACUGCAAGGUCUUUGUGGGAAUUUCAAUGGCAUAGAAUAUGAUGAUUUUAAAACAGCUGGUGGGUUGGUAGAAGCUACAGGAUCUGCCUUUGCUAACACUUGGAAAGCACAAGCCACCUGUAAAGACCAAGUGGAUAAUUUGGAAGACCCUUGUGCUCUCAGCUUUGAAAGCGAAAAUUAUGCUGAAUAUUGGUGUUCCUUACUGAAAAAUUCAGAAUCUCCUUUUGCCAGAUGUCACUCAGUCAUUGAUCCUGUGGAAUAUUAUAAGAGAUGUAAAUAUGACACCUGCAACUGUAAGAACAGUGAAGAAUGCUUGUGUGGGGCCCUCUCCUCUUACGCAAGAGCCUGUGCCGCCAAAGGAAUCAUGCUGGGGGGCUGGAGACAAACUGUCUGCAACAAAGAAGUGUCCUCUUGCCCAGCAUCCCAGGUCUUCCGUUACAAUCUGACCACAUGUCAACAUACCUGUCGCUCCCUUGCUGAUGGCGAAAAGCACUGCUUAGAGGGCUUUAUUCCCGUUGAUGGCUGUGGCUGCCCUGAUAACACCUAUAUGAAUGAGAAGGGUAACUGUGUGUCCAUCUCCCAUUGUACAUGCUACUAUAGAGGGUCAUACCUGGAACCUGGGGAUGUCAUCGUGAAACAAGAAGAACGCUGUGUUUGCCGGAAUGGAAUUCUCCACUGCACUCAAGUGAAGAUAAUAGAUACAAAGUGUCCGUCCCACAAGAUUCACUUUGAUUGCAGCAGUGUCAAGUCUUGGUCUUCACAAACCCCUCUGCAGCUAAGCUGCCAUACGCUGGGUACUGACUAUUUCCAGACAGAGUGUGUCUCAGGGUGCAUGUGUCCUCAUGGACUGAUUGAUGAUGGCAGAGGGGGCUGUGUCAAGGAGGAGGACUGUCCAUGUAUUCAUAACAAGCAGUUUUAUUCUUCUGGAGAAGACGUAAAAGUGGACUGCAACAAAUGUACCUGCCAAAAAGGAAAAUGGAAAUGCACCAAUAAUGUGUGUUUUGGGACUUGUACUAUAUAUGGAAGUGGCCAUUAUAUCAGCUUUGAUGGAAAACACUAUGACUUUGAUGGACACUGUGAAUAUGUGGCUGCCCAGGAUUAUUGUGGUGAGGAUCACAAUGCUUCGUUUAGGAUCGUCACAGUGAAUGUUCCAUGUGGAACCACCGGAGUCACCUGCUCAAAGGCUAUUAAAAUAUUUCUAGGGGGAACUGAACUGAAGUUGGAGGACAAGAAAUAUGAAGCAAUUAAGCUAGAUGUUGACAACGAUAUACAAUAUUGGAGUCGUGCAGUGGGGCUCUAUCUUGUUAUUGAAGCCAGCAAUGGCGUGAGGCUCAUCUGGGAUAAGAAGACUACUAUUUUCAUAAGUCUGGUUCCUUAUUAUAAGGGCAAAGUCUGUGGUUUGUGUGGCAACUUUGAUGACAUGUCCAACAAUGAUUUCAAAACACAUAGUGGGCUGCUGGUGACCAAUCCUCUGGAGUUUGGUAAUUCUUGGAAACAUAGCUCCUGCCCUGAUGUGGUGAAUGAGAUUCUGCCCUGCAAUCUGAAACCUCACCGCAAGUCCUGGGCAGAGAAGGAGUGCAGCAUCAUCCGGAGCGAAGUCUUUAAAGAUUGUCACGCCAAGGUGGACUCAACUCCAUUCUAUGAAAAUUGUGUUCAUGAUGCCUGCUCCUGUGACAGUGGUGGAGACUGUGAGUGCUUCUGUUCCGCAGUUGCUGCUUAUGCCCAUGAGUGCAAUAAGACUGGAGUUUGUGUCUUCUGGAGAACUCCUGAUAUAUGCCCAAUAUUUUGUGAUUACUACAACCAUUAUAAUGAGUGCAAGUGGCACUACGAGCCUUGUGGCCGUCAAAUUAAGACCUGCAGGAUCAUUAACAAUGUCAGCACCAACUUCUCAUUGCCAAAUCUGGAAGGUUGCUACCCCAGAUGCCCUGACGAAAAGCCCUUUUUUGAUGAAGACCUCCACAAAUGUGUAUCUUACUGUGGCUGUUAUGAAAAUGACACUCGUUAUGAAAAUGGCACAGAAAUGCCCCCAGAACACGAUUGUCAGAAAUGUAUCUGCAUCUCACCAAGAAAAGUGUGCGAACCUGUACCAGCCUGUACCCCAAUCCCAACAACCACUACACUCCCUACUACCACACCCUCAACCACCACCACCAUUACCACAACCACGCCGACAACCACUACAACUACCACUGUGCCAACAUCAACUACUACAACAGGGCCAGCAGGUUGUUGUUGGUCUGACUGGAUUGAUGUGAGUUACCCAAAAUAUGGCAUACACGGUGGUGAUAAUGAAACCUAUGACAAAAUCAGAGAAUGGAACGCCUCAGCGAUAUGUGAGAAUCCACUAAAUAUUUCAUGCAGAGCUGAGAAAUUCCCUACCAUCCCUAUUGACGUUUUAGGACAAAAAGUGAAAUGCGAUGUUUCCACUGGGCUUAUCUGUUAUAAUAAAGACCAAGUACCAGGGGGCAUGAUUCCAAUUCCUAUGUGCCUCAAUUAUGAGAUCAAGGUUUACUGCUGCGGGCAACAAUGUACCACAACUACCACAACUACAACCAUCACCCCAACCCCCACACCCACCACAACGACAACCACGACAACAACCACUGAGCCUCCAACCACGACGACAACAACCACUGAGCCUCCAACCACCACAACGACAACCACUGAGCCUCCAACCACCACAACGAUAACCACGACAACAACCACUGAGCCUCCAACCACUACAACAACAACGACAACCACGGAGCCUCCAACCACCACAACGACAACCACGGAGCCUCCAACCACCACAACGACAACCACUACAAUCAGCACCACUGAGCCUCCAACCACAACAACUACAACCACUGAGCCUCCAACCACGACAACUACAACCACUGAGCCUCCAACCACCACGACGACAACCACCACAACGACAACCACUGAGCCUCCAACCACCACAACCACAACGACAACCACGGAGCCUCCAACCACCACAACCACAACGACAACCACGGAGCCUCCAACCACCACAACCACAACCACUACAAUCAGCACCACUGAGCCUCCAACCACGACAACUACAACCACGGAGCCUCCAACCACCACAACGACAACCACUACAAUCAGCACCACUGAGCCUCCAACCACGACAAUGACAACCACUGAGCCUCCAACCACCACAACCACAACGACAACCACUGAGCCUCCAACCACCACAACGACAACCACUGAGCCUCCAACCACCACAACCACAACGACAACCACUGAGCCUCCAACCACCACAACCACAAUGACAACCACUGAGCCUCCAACCACCACAACCACAACGACAACCACUGAGCCUCCAACCACCACAACCACAACGACAACCACUGAGCCUCCAACCACCACAACCACAACGACAACCACUGAGCCUCCAACCACCACAACUACAACCACGGAGCCUCCAACCACCACAACCACAACCACGGAGCCUCCAACCACCACAACAACCACCACAACGACAACCACGGAGCCUCCAACCACCACAACCACAACGACAACCACGGAGCCUCCAACCACCACAACUACAACCACGGAGCCUCCAACCACCACAACCACAACCACGGAGCCUCCAACCACCACAACCACAACGACAACCACGGAGCCUCCAACCACCACAACCACAACGACAACCACUGAGCCUCCAACCACCACAACCACAACGACAACCACUGAGCCUCCAACCACCACAACAACCACCACAACGACAACCACUGAGCCUCCAACCACCACAACAACCACCACAACGACAACCACGGAGCCUCCAACCACCACAACCACAACGACAACCACGGAGCCUCCAACCACCACAACCACAACCACGGAGCCUCCAACCACCACAACGACAAUAACAACCACGGAGCCUCCAACCACCACAACGACAACCACAACAACUACAACCACUGAACCUCCAACCACCACAACGACAAUCACAACAACUACAACCACUGAGCCUCCAACCACCACCACGACAACCACUGAGCCUCCAACCACCACCACGACAACCACUGAGCCUCCAACCACGACAACGACAACCACUACAAUCAGCACCACUGAGCCUCCAACCACGACAACAACAACCACUGAGCCGCCAACCAGCACAACGACAACAACAACCACUGAGCCGCCAACCACCACAACGACAACCACUGAGCCGCCAACCACCACAACAACGACAACCACUGAGCCGCCAACCACCACAACGACAACCACUACAAUCAGCACCAGUGAGCCUCCAACCACCACGACAAUCACAACAACUACAACCACUGAGCCUCCAACCACCACCACGACAACCACUGAGCCUCCAACCACGACAACGACAACCACUACAAUCAGCACCACUGAGCCUCCAACCACGACAACAACAACCACUGAGCCUCCAACCACCACAACGACAACAACAACCACUGAGCCUCCAACCACCACAACGACAACAACAACCACUGAGCCGCCAACCAGCACGACGACAACCACUGAGCCACCAACCACCACAACGACGACAACCACUGAGCCGCCAACCACCACAACAACAACCACUACAAUCAGCACCACUGAGCCUCCCACCACCACACCAACAACCACGACAACUACAACCACUGAGCCUCCAACCACCACAACGACAACGACAACCACUACAACUAGCACUGUGCCACCAUCUACUACUACAACAGGAACCACAACCAGUAUUCCAACAAAAACAACUACCCCACAGACGCCUACCACCACCACCAUCACAUCGACAACUACCUCAGAGAUAACUACACCCUCAUUCAAAACAAAUUGUACUUUACCUGAUAACACUACCAUUGCACCAGGUGAAAGCUACUGGCCAUGUAACUGCACCAAGGCAAUAUGCAUUGACAACAAAACAUGGGAGCUGGUUACGACUGAAUGUAAACUUCCUCCUAAGCCCAGUUGUACCAAUGGGCUCACUCCUGUGCUGGUGCAGGGUGAAUGCUGUUGGCACUGGGAGUGUGACUGUUAUUGCACUGGCUGGGGAGACCCACAUUAUGUGACUUUUGAUGGACAGUACUAUAGCUACCAAGGGAAUUGUACGUAUGUCCUGGUGGAAGAGAUUAACAAAAAGAUUGACAACUUUGGGGUCUACAUUGACAACUAUCACUGCAUUGCACAGGACAGAGUGUCCUGUCCACGCACACUCAUCGUGAGACACGAGACCCAGGAAGUGCACAUAAAGACUAUCACAAUGUUUCCUCUCAAAGUACAGGUGACGGUAAACAAUCAGGAAGUGGCUACACCUUACAAAAAAUACGGCGUGAGAAUCUUUAAGUCAGGCAUAAAUCACGUAGUGGAAAUUUCUGAACUUGGGGUAAAUGUAACCUACAAUGGAUUGACUUUCUCAAUUAGAUUGCCUUACCAGAAGUUUGGCAACAACACCCAAGGACAGUGCGGCACUUGUACCAACAACACAGCAGAUGACUGCAUGUUACCAGGUGGAAAGAUCAUAGGUAACUGUGAAACCAUGGCAGAUCAUUGGGUGAUUAAUGACCCCGAAAAGCCACAGUGCUCUCCAUCCCUAACUACUACAGAGGCACCUCCUAUCACCCCACCAUCCUGCAAACCAUCUGAUCUCUGCAAGCUCAUUAAAGAAGGCCCGUUCAAAGCAUGCCAUCCCUUUGUCAACCCUGACCACUACUAUGCAGCCUGCGUUUUCGACAGCUGCGCUCUUCCCAACUCUAAAUUGGAGUGUGCAAGUUUGCAAACCUACGCUGCUCUCUGCGCUGACCAGGGGGUCUGUGUUGAUUGGAGAGGCCAUACCCGUGAUAUCUGCCCGCUUAAGUGCCCAUCACACAGAGUAUACAAAGCAUGUGGUCCUAUUGAAGAGGUGACCUGCAAGUCAAGCCAAGUUGCACAAAACCAAACCAGUCGUGUGGAAGGCUGCUUCUGUCCUGCUGGAACAAUGCCUUAUGGUGAAGGUGUGGAUGUCUGUGUAAAAACCUGCGGGUGUGUUGGACCAGAUAAUAAACCAAGAAAGUUUGGGGAAGUUUUUGAGUUUGACUGCAAGAGAUGCAUUUGCCUGGAGGGCGGAAGUGGCAUUAUCUGUGAGCCCCUCAAAUGUCCAGCGCAAGCGGAUAAACCAAGCUGCAGUGAUGAAGGCUUUUACGAGGUCACUGAAGUCCAUCCUGACAACAUCUGCUGCAGCAUAACUUCCUGCAGAUGCAAUGCGAGCUUUUGCACAACCAUACCUCCUAAAUGUAAAAUUGGUUAUGAACUUGUUUCUGAUAUUGCCACUGGCAAGUGCUGUCCUACGUAUGAGUGCGUUCCCAAGAAGGUUUGUGUGGUUGGGAAUGCUGAGUACAUGCCUGGUUCCCCAGUCGUUGCUGAUAAGUGCCAAAAUUGUGUCUGCACUGAUAAAUCGAACAGUACUGGUCUGAAUGUUGUCACAUGCAAGCGCAUUCCAUGCAAUGAAAGGUGCCAGCCAGGAUAUGAACUUAAAGAUGUGAAAGGGGAAUGCUGUCCAAAAUGCGUGCAGACCAAGUGUGUUGUAAAUAAGGGUGACAACACCGUCCUCAUCUUGAGUCCUGGUGAAAUGGAAAACGAUCCAAAAGACAACUGCACCGUUUAUAGCUGUGUGUCGAUCAAAGGUCAGCUUAUCUCCUCCACCUCAGAGAUUACCUGCCCAUCGUUCAAUGAGGAGAAUUGUAAAGCUGGCACUAUUACACUGCUGCCUAAUGGUUGCUGUAAAACAUGCAUCCCUCGCGACAGCCCAUCACCAUGUUCUGUCACCCAAAUCGUGGACCAUAUCACCCAUAAGGGCUGCCGUUCUGUGGAUAAAGUCUACCUGACUCAAUGUGAAGGAUCAUGCGGAACCUUCUCAUUAUACUCUGCUGAGGCCAACUCCAUGGAGCACAAGUGUUCCUGCUGCAGGGAGGCAGCAACUAGCGAGAAGCAAGUUCUACUGCAAUGCCCCGAUGGGAAAUCUGUGAUUCACAAGUACCUGCACGUGGACCGUUGUGAAUGUCUUGACAGUGAGUGCACACAACCCAGCUCCUCAGAAAAGUCAAAGGAAAGUGAAGAACAGAGUGCCAUCGAACGUGUCAAGCGGGCCAUUCAGAAAAUAUUGAAAUGAAGGGGAGAAAAGUAAUGGCGCACAGAAAAAAGUACAAGGAGGGUCUAUGCACCAGUCUAAUUUUCCAAGAGUAAAUCAAUGCUUUGCCUUUUCUCACUUCCUCCUCUUCUGUGCCCUCUCUGAUUAUUUGUAAUUGUGCUCUAUUUAUUUGUAUCUCUU